AUUUAUAAACUGCUGGGACUUGACCUCCCAGUUAAGGGAAGAUCUUAUACAUAGAGGUGAGGAUAAAACUCAGGUGCAAAUACAUGCAAGCAUGUGCUUUGGUGGGCUGAGAAGGGAAACACUAAUGAACAAUUUCCAGCUUUGAUACAUCUGAGAGGUCUGGUGCUGAAAGCAGCGUAUUAAGGAUGGAUCCCUGGCUUUGCAGGAUCUCCAGGAGAACUCUUCACCCUGGCGCUUAUUAAUCAUCAAUAACUCUCAGCAAGGCAGAGUUUCAAAAGACACACAUGGUCAACCCUGAAAUGUGACUGGUGGAUUUCACCUCAAGGGCAGCAUUCAGAUGCUAGACCUGCUAACUCUCGUGUGGUGGAACCUGCUCCAAGUCCUCAUUCAGUGUAGUGCUCUGACUGUGCACAUACAGGAAUGCGAGGAGGGACUGCCGCUAAUUAUUAGACAUUGUGAGAGACGGCUCAUCAAACAGCAAUGAGAAAACACUGUGCCUGACCUGGAACGAAAGGCAGAAGACGCAGAGACGGUAGGCAUCACAUGAUGAAGCUACCUGCCCCGGGAUCAGUAAUGGACAUGGGACCAAACCCCAACACAAUCUAUAGCUCUGUCCUGGAUGGAUCGGGCCUCUCUGCCAGAGACGCGAGGGGACCAACUCUUUUUACAUUUUGGCAACACUUGCCCUGCUUGUCGUGCCAAGAAAGUCUCAUUCAGUUGAGCUGAGUUUGCAAUUCCAGAGUCAGAGCCCUCCCUCGGUUUCUCCAUCUGUCUCGUGCCUCUUCACUAGAAAUGCUUUGCUCCCACGGGUGCUCCAUAGUUGAGUGGGGACAGCAUUGCAACCUCACCUCCUCUCAAGGAAGUUUUUAAGUGGAGGCAGAUUCCCCUGAGGUCAACCCAACAGUGGAAAAGGGACAUUCUGGACCCUCUCCCAUACAGUUCUUACUCCUGGUUGUAUUAAAGGGCAAUGACGCUAAGAAAAGUGUCCAUGUAAAAGCCGCCUCUUCUUGCUUAUCGGUUAACUCCCCGCAUGCCUGCUCAUCUGCCAACUCCACUGACGGUGGACUCUACUGCCAGUGACAGGCCUGAGUCAGAAGGAACCCAGAUUCAUUUGGGGAUCCCGUGGCAAGUCUGCUCUGUAACGUGAGCAGAUCGGUCCUGGGUGCUAUCAAGGCAGUCUCAGCAUGGAAUCCUUUAAUGUCAUUUUUACAGUCACUUUCCAGCGGAUAACCACAACAUAAGGAUCUAGCUGCACAACUAAUAAGGAUUAUUCCUACAAUGUAAGUCUCCUGUGACCCAAUCUGCCCCCAAGGAGAAGGAUUCAGCAUCAGAAACAGAGAUAUUUACAAACUAGAACUAGAGAGCCUAUUUUCUAGGUGCUAACUUGACUCAUUAUAGACAACUUAACCUUUGGCUGCUGCCGUGUAAACCAAAAGGCGAGCAAAUUAGAUAGCAGGAUAAAAGGGACCAGCUGUGCCGAUGAAUGUUCAAAAACCAGACAAAUCAUCCAGCCAGACUUUAAAAGAAACAUUUCUCCCAUUAGAUCAGAGGCCCAGUUCAGACAGACCCAGAAAACUUCAAGCACACAUCACACAGGGGACUCUAGCUCUACAGAACAAGGACAGGUGGCUUUUUUUUCAUCCUAAGGCAAGUGGAAAUCCACACUUGCUAUGGAGAUUUUUGGAGCUGGUCUGAAAGAAAUCUUUGGGGCACUUCAACAGGGUAUUGGGAGCAGCAGGGACUCCUUCAGGGACACGGCCCACAUCCUUUCUGGUAUAACCACCACCAACAAACCAGGCAGAGCGAGUGAGCACUCAGCACUGAUGCAGAAUGGUCUAGACAAGGGCUGAGGACCAGCCCCAUUACCCUGGAUUCCUUUGCUAGAGACCAUGAGAAACUUUUACAUCAAAUCAGAACAGAGAGGGUCCUCCAGGGGGUUUUCUUCUUGUUACUGAGCGGAGAAGUGAGCCCUCCUGGAAGCUGGUAGUGGGGACAGGAGGAGCUUUUUCUACAGGCCACGUACACUCCUAUUUCAGUACCCACCUGUUGAACUGUACUGGGUCCUGAGCACCUCUCUCCCCCACUGCAAUUGCACCUCCGAAGUGCCAGCCCCGUGAACCAAGAAAUGUUCUCAGUUCAGACUUGCCUAGAGCCAUUUUUUCCAUUGGAGGUGUUUGAAGGAACUUAAACAAUAGGACUGUCUUUGCAGAGACAUAGCUAAGGAAGUGGACGUGGAAUUGGAAGCUGAUGAUAGCCGAACAGCAAGGCUCUCAGGCUGUGCUCAAUUGUGCUUCAAUAGGAAAGACUCUGAUUCAAAGACAUCUCUUAUGUUAUAGGGAACGAGCUUUAAAGAGACUUUAAUGAAAGCACCUUUUCAAAAUAAUGAGUCUAAUCUCUCUGCCUAGAGAAGCUAGAGAGAAAAGCAAACAGCCAGGGAAUUGUAGCCUAUCAUAAUCACUGCAUGGAUCACACUCCACAAAUCCCUGAUAAAUUGGGGCUGUCAGACAUGUUCCUGUUAAUAGGCAAUUCCUGCCCCCACACUACUCAGUUAAUAUUGCACAAGGAAUGACAAUGCUCACCAAGAAUACAUGCUUCUCAGACACGGUUGUACAGAUUGUCUGGUUCCAAAGCUCCACUGUCCCAGGUUCUCCUGCACCCCAAACAAAGGACCCGAGAUAAUAAGACUGCAUGGGACAUGUUUGGCCACAUAUUCGGCACCAUCUCUAGCUGGUUCAUGUCAACGGCAGCUUCUCAGACUCAUUUCUAGAGAGCACUUCCAUUUCUUCUGUUCUUGUUUACUCCACUGAUACCCUCACCUAUCCAUAAAAGAGCUCUCCAUAGGUCUUAGUGGGACCCUGCUGGCUGGUAAUUCACAGGACAACCCAAAUGCUCCUUCCAGUAGCAGGAUUGAAGAGGCACACACCAUGCAGCCCACUACUCAGAUGCUUUUGGAACAUCUCAGAUGGAAAGGCUGACAAUGCCCCAAACCCACACUGCUGCUAACAGGGAAUACCCCCUCUGCUCCAUCGUAUCAGCCAUCCUUUCCCAUGAUGGGCAAACUCCAGGCAAAGAAAUCAACCGGGCCAUGAUGUCUGGAUUUGGUAAUGGGGGGGGGGAGGGGACACUCCCCUAAACAUUUAAGGCUUUAAUAUAAUACAUUGCCCUUCCCUAGCAUCUGUAAUAUGGGAAUCUGAAAGAGCUUCACAGACACUGGCUGAGCUCCACAACUUCUCAGUGGGGUGGAUUACUCUCCCUUUGCAGCUGGGGAAUCAGAAGCGAGAGAGAUUAGGUGACUUACCCCUCAUCACGUGGGAAGUCUGCACCAAUGCAGGAAACCAAAUCCAAAUCUGUUGCAGCAGGUUUCCUGCCUUACCCACAAGACUUUCCGUCCUCCUAUACAUGUCCUUACACCUGUACCUGUGCCCGCGUGCCUUGUCACUCCAGCUAUCCUCUGGCCAGGACGGAUCAUAUUCAGAAUUUCCGACCACUCAGCAGCCCUGUUUGGCUAACCAGGCUCAAUGUUUGCCUCCUGCGGCAUGUCACCUCUGCAGCACUACCAGCCUGGCAACCAUCUUUAGGAACCCUACCCUUGCUCUCAAUAUCACUUACUGCCUCUUCAAUUCUGCUGCCAGAACACUGGGAAUGAAACCCGCCCAGCGUUGCGCUCUCUUGGCUGCAUCUGGUCCAGUUUAAUUUCCACUGAAUCCUAACAGCAAAUUCACACGGAGGUGAUAAUUGACAGACUCCUUGUGCCAACAUAACCAACCACUUUCAGCAUCCAAACAUUAACCACGCAGGGACUCUUUCCAAGCUUUGUUUGUUACAAAACAUGACUGGCAUUUUAUGGGCACUGGCACAUCUGUCUGGAAAAUCAGAGCACAUUGAGUCAGGCAAAGGGUUAGAAAACAAACAGAUAUAGGAGCAAGCUCACAACACACUUCGGCUUGACUUAAAACAGCAGUUCUCUUCCACCCAGUGCCAAGGAUCCUCAAGGCAAAACUCCAUGCCCUCUCUCAGUCACCCAGGUUGUGUCACAUAUCCAGGGGAUACAGCCCAAGUGGCAGUGCUUCCUGUGAGCAGUUUGAAGAGGAGAGGAGGUAAAAACCUUUGUAGGGGAGUUAGAGUACCUUUCCCCGGGGAAAACUCGCUUGAAAACUGUCAAUCAGGGGAGUGUGUGUAAAAUUCUGGGCUGCAGUGCCAUCCACUUAUCAUCUAGGUUCUCACAUUCCCCUUUGCAUUGUAGUGUCUUCAUACAGGAUCAGAGGGUUGAUUUGCAUUAGAGUGCCUAGAGGCCCCAGUCAAGACCAGAACUCUGCUGUUCUGGGCACAGCACAUAGCAAGAGAUAGUUCCUGGCUCAAAGAGCUUACAAACUAAUUAGACAAAGGAUGGGAAGGGAAACAGGGUAAGUUAUUUGCCCAAGAUCAUACAAAAUAGGCCUGCUGCAGCCAUUGAAAUAGAACCCAGGCCUCCUGACUCCCCAUCCAAAGUCCUAGCCACUAGACUGUGCUGCCUCUCAGCUCAUCUUCUUUCAUGGAUGCAGACAAUGCAUUUUCUCUGCUUCCUAGUCUCUUACCAGGAUAGGGACUUGUAUGACAGGAAACUGUCUCCAAUCUCUCCCUAAUACCUGGGACCAAUACAACUACAACAUUGCACACAACAAAUGGUCUGAAAUUCAACCCGAAAAGGCAGAGGUGACAGGGGAAAGCAGUACGUGAAUCUGAGAGGGUGCAAUCCGCCCUCUCUCGAGCAAGAGUGCCUCCUUUUAACAGUGGGAUGUACCGUCUCCUGGUUCUUUUGGACUCCCAACAGCCUAUGGAAGCUGAGGUAGUGGUGAUGGACACUAGCAUUUUGCACUGGGCUAGGAGGUUAUGAUUUUUCUUCUUUAAUACAACCCCACCACAAUGAUCCAUGCCUUUGUCUCUGCCAUGCGAGACUGCUCCAAAGUGGUCUGCAUUGGGGGUUACUGAAGCUUCAGCUGGUGCAGAACGCAUAACAUAUUUGCUUGCUGUUAGUCGUAUGCACAUAAUCAUCCUGGGCUGGUAGGGAGAACUGGCUUCCUAUCCCCUUCAAGAUCCAAUUCAGAGCAUUGAUUCUGUUCCAGAUCCUGGCUAUAAGACAACAGCUUUCUAUGAACCAUGCCUGUAACUGAGAUCAGCUGAAGGACUUCUUGCUGAUACAGACCCAGUAAUAUUGUAUGAUGGGACCUUUAGUCUCUAAACUCUGUAGUCUCUAAACUCUGUACCCUAAAAGACAAGGGUGGUUACAAUCUGUUCCGUUUUAGAUAAGAGACAUAGCCCUUGGGCUUCGGACACAUUGCCAGCAUAGCUCUUGGUUGAGCAGACUGGUCAAACCAACGAACAUGAACAGGGUUUUUCUGCACAGACAUCCAUCGCCACAGGGGAUACAUCGGGGCAUGAUGAUGAUGAACCAGCUCAGUGAGUACUGGGCCUUACUAGAGCAGGGUGAAGGAAGCCCAUGGAUGGGCAGUUGGAGCUGCCUUCAAUGCUCCAGUCAAGAGAGGUGGCAAAUCUUCAGUGGAAGCUUUUCUCCAAUAAAUUCUUUCCUUCGGCUGCUACUGAUACUGAACAGUUUUUGCCUCAAAUAUCAAAGGGAAGGAUCUUGUGCAGAGAUAAGAAGCAGUUACUCCACUCUCACAAUUGCUUCCUAGCUAAAUCAACUUGGAUAAAGACCCAAAAGAGAGCAAACUGCAGAAAUUCUUGAUUUCAUCCCUAUUGUUAUCCCACAUGUGAGAAAUCAGCAGUCCAUUUCCUGCUGCCUCUUCUGUUCCGGAGUAUCUUCACUUAUACGAAAGCAACACUGCCUUCAGUUUAAUUCACCCGCCAGCUGGGCAAAUUCCUGGAAACUCCGAUUGCUCUAUCAGAUAGUCUAACUGAAGAAAAGCAUCAAGAAUGCAAACAGCUUGAUGGGCAUCACACUUUCAUUUCAUCAGCUCAAAGUAAGAGUACAUGACCAGCGAGGAAGCAUGGGAGUCAGGCUUCGGGUUCUCUUCCCAGCUCCGCCACUUAAAUGUGUGACCCGCGGAAGAUGACAUAGAAAGGAAUUUUCAAAAGUGCCUGUAUGGCUUAGUCCUGCUGACUUUCAAUGGGACUUGUGCUGAUAAACUAUGCCGGCAUUUUUGACAAUCCCAUUCUUAAUCUAUAGGUGCCUCAGUUUCCCCAUCUGUACAAAAAUGGAUGAUGCUGAGAAAUCCACAGAAAGGCAAACUGUUUACACUGAACAGUCAACACACGUUUCAGCGAUGUGUUUUAUUUAGGGAUAAUGGCACAAUAGGGAGUGACUGUGUCAUAGACAGGCAUGACUCCAAGGACUCAUACUCAGUGUUGAACAGGGCUGGCUGAAUUCCUUGCUUCGUAUUUAAUCUAAAGAUGUGCAUUUAUGUAGUAAGCUCCCUUCCUUGUGGUGUUUCCCUUUAAAUCUUCCAGUGGAAGCUGACAGCUGGAGAAGAUGUUUGGGGACUGGGACAAAACCUGUCCAAAGUUGCGUGACUUACGUUUUGCUCCGAGGACGCCCUAUAGCCCCUCUCUGAUACCACUGGGAUACUGGUGGACCCCAUUUCUACCCACACCCCCAGGCGCCGCUCCAGACAGCGCCCACCUUUCCCUGGGAGCCCAGUCCCCCCGCCCCCAACCCGGCCGGCUAUAUAACGCCCGGCCCCGGGCGCUAGGCCCCCGGGCGGGAAAGGAGCAUGCUCAGGAUGGGAACCCGCUUCCCCCUCCUCCUCCUGCUGCUCGCCAGCGUCCCCGCCUCCCGCUCGCGGGGCUGCUGCGGGGGGAGCGGGGCGCCCGGGCCGGCGGGGGCCCCGAGGGGGGAGCCGCCGCCGCCGGAAGCGGGGCCCGGCGACGCCCGGAGCGGCAGCCGGCGGCUGAAGCUCGGCCUCAUCUGCGCGCUGGGGGCGCUGGUGAUGGUGAGCAACGGGGCGGUGCUCGCGGUGCUCGCCUCGGCCGUGGCGGGCUGGAGCCGCAGCAGCCGCCUCACGCUGCUCUCGCUGGCGGCGGCCGACGCGGCGCUGGCGCUGCUGGUGGUGCCGCUCAACCUGUACGGCGGCCUGGCGCGCGGCGCCCCGCCCGAGCCCUACUGCCGGGCCGCGGCCUUCCUCAACGCCAGCGUCUUCGGCGCCUCGCUCUACUCGCUGGCCGGCGUCUCGCUCGAGCGCUACGUCGCCGUCUUCUUCCCGCUCCGCCACGCGCGCCUGCUGGGCCGGCGCCGCCUCGCGCUGCUGCUGGCGGCCGCCUGGCUGGGCCCCGCCCUGCUGCUGCUGCCCGUCGCCCUGCCCGGCCGCGCCGCCGUCCUGCGCGUGCGCUUCUCGGCCGCCGCGCUGCUCUGCGAGCCGGACUACGGCUCCAACGCCGCCUACGCCGGCCUGCUGGCCGCCGCCAUCUUCUGUCCCGCCGCGGCCACCGUCACCUUCGCCAACCUGCGCCUCUGGCAGGCGGCGCGCGCCCAGCGCCGGCGCGGCGACGGGGCGGGGCCGCCCGGCAAAGGGGCGGGGCUGAGGCGGCUCCGCCUGCUGCAGCUGGACGCCGCCUCCCGGGUCCUAGUGCCCGUCGUCGUCGCCUUCUACGUGUGCUGGGCGCCCUGCAUGGCCACCAUCCUGUACAACGCAAUCACAAAGGACCGAGUCCACGAGUGGCUGGAGUUUGUGGCCCUGUGGCUGCCUAGCGGCAGUGGCUUCCUCAACUGCUUUGUCUACUUCUGGACCAACCGGAACUUCAGGCACAAGUUCCAGAAGAUUGGGCACAAGCUCUGGGGGCCCUGCAGCCGAGCCAAGUGGGAGCAGGACGUGCACAGGAUGGUCACCAUCAGUGCAGCGGUGGAGAGGAGCAGCAGCCAGCCUGCUCUCCCCCCGGACCGCUCCUGCAGUGGGUCGUCCACCAGCACCUUACUGCCCAGAGAAGCACAAACUAGCCUAUAAGCUACUUGGACGCUUUCUGUCAGCUGCAGUGUCUACAAAAGGCCGUUGCUGUGCUGGGUUCUAGACAGCGCGUCAGGCUCUUUGUGGCCUGCAAGAUGUGCGACCGCCUGGCUUUGUCAAGAGCCUGGACACUGCUGCCUCCUGCUGGGGCUCGGGCUCUGGGGAAGGAAAUGGUCAAACCUCACCAGAGGAGACCAAGCAUCUUUCCGUGAGCUUCACCAAAUGGUGUCGGAGAAAUAUACAGAGUGUUUGGGUUAAGGAGCCCUUCCUGGGAAGGGGUUUUGUGUGGGGAAACUGGUCACAGCAUGGACGUGAGCUUCUGCUGUGAAAGAAACAGGACAUUCACUCGGAGCAAAGUGCCCUGAACCAUCCCAGCUAGGGGCAGAGAAGGUAUAAAGUCCCUGCUGCCCGACAGCCCUACUCUUGGAUACUGUAGAUCACAGGCAACUCCCUCUCUGAUCAGUGCAGUGUGACAAGGUCUCCCUCUAAGCCAAAGGGGACAUGGUUCUCUCCCCGGCAAGCCAGGUCACUCCAGAGUACCUGAUGGGUUGGCAGUAAUGGCUAGUGCCAGGUGUGCAGGAGAAGGCUGGGUGAAGUUUAAGGGCUGAGGGGAAGGGGUGAGAUCCUGACUGCAAAAGGGACUGUCAAGCAGGCAUUACAGUUCAUGCCCCAUGGCGAUUACACCUGCCGCGUGAUCACUUCUGGAACCUGCCCAAGGGCCUGCUGCUCUGCCUGCAGACUUCAUACCUCCACUCACUAGGUUCGGAUUCUGCCUCCUGCUCUGUUUGCCAUCCCAGCUGGGUGAUCCUCCUUCCCCUCCCCUCUCACUUCACGGGGACCCUGGACAUAGAAGGACACAAACUCACUUGGGGGGGGAAAUACUUUUAUAUAAUUUAAAAGAGAAAACUGCAGCUUCUGGUGCGACAGUCUGUCUGGUUUUAACACCGUUUUACCUCUGCCAGCCAGAUGUUGGGGGGGGGGGGGGGGGGUGUGGUUUAGAGUAGGUUUUAGUUAAAUUGGAUAAAUUCUCAUCGUCUGUGUGUUUGAUCAAUCUGGACAAAGGACUCAGGUCACGGGGUGGAACUUCAGGGAGCCCCUUGCUGACAGCAUUGGGUGCUCUCCGAAACUGUGUCCUGUGUAAAGGAAGAAGCAGCAGGCUGAUGGGUAGCCUCACUCCUCCACUGUAUGGCUGGGGUUUUGCUAGGCUGAAUGUCCCAUCCUAAUUGAAGUAUCCCCUCCUGAAGCUCCCUCUCUUGCACUUUGCUGGCCCACUCCCCAGAAACAGGUGAGGAAAUUAACGUUUUGUAAUUAGUUAACCAGACUUUUAGUGACUUGGGCUGGUAAUGGAGACAGGUCAGGAGAUGGAGCUCAUCCUCCAUUCUCCUCUCACACUUCUAGCCAGACCAGAGGAUUAAAUGAACAAACCCAGAAAGAUGAAGUGAGCAAAAAGAACAUGUAGCAAUCUGGGAAGUGCAGCUGUGGUUAAGGCCCUGGGCAGUUUCUUUGCUGUUUUGCAAGGUGAAUUCUUCCAGCCCCUGAAACCUCCCCAUCCAGGGAAAGGCUGGCUUUUCCCCCAUUGUCAAAAAAUAUUAAGUCUUAAAGUGAAUGUGUGAUGUCACAAGGAAAGCAGUAGUGUAGUAAUGCUGUGUUAGAGCAAAACGGCCUCUGCUCUCCACUGUGACUUCAAUUAGAGAAUUUUUCUCUUAAUGUUGGAUUGUAAAUAGCCAUUUUAUCUGUUCUCCCUCCCCAGUGUUCCUGCUGCUUGUUCAGGGCAGGUUCUGACCUUCUUCUCCCCCCACUCCCAGUGAUUUAUACAUCAGGGACCAGUGGAAACUGCAUCAAAUUGAAAUAGUAUUUGUAACUGACUUGAUCAAGUGUGUAUUGUAGUGGAUUUGGAAAAAGCUGUACUGUGGAGUCUCUUCUGUCCUGUAUGCACCAAACCCUCUUUAAAUGCACAGUGUUUUUUAUUACUGUCUAAGGUAUAUUUUUAUCUCUUGGGUUUGGAGCUGUAUGUAGGUAGAUUCCCCCCCCCCCCUUUAAAUGUUAUAUUUCUGGGGAAAAAAAAUUAUUUAAAAGGACUGUAAAUACAAAAUAAAGAUUUAGUUAUUUAACUUCA